GGGAGCUUAUCAGUACACAGAGAGAGUGAGUGGAAGGAGGGAGGGAAGGGAAGGAGAGGCAGAAAAGAAAGCCGAGCUGUGUGUGUGUGUGUGUGUGUGUGUGUGUGUGUGUGUGUGUGUGUGUGUGUGUGCGCGCGCGCUUCUGUCUCUUUAUGGCCGGUGCUUUUAAAUAUGAAAUGCACCUUAGGUGAGGCUUCCCUGCGAGAAGGGAGAUAAGAGAUCAGGACCAUCCUUCCUGCCUGGGCUCAUUCAGCUGGCUGGGCUAUUUCCCCCAUAGGAGGAGGGGCUAUAACAAGUGAGGAUUUGACAGACACGAUGAAGACUGUAUGGUGAUGAAGGAAGGAUGUGGGAAGAACUGAGCAUGGCUCUUUGUGGCACUCAGUUGAUGGGGAGCAAGAUUCACUGGGAGGAAAGCACUUCUGUCUUUUAUCAGGUCUUGUGAUGGCGAAAUGGAAAAAUCCACCCUGUGUUUAAGAAUGUGUGACAGAAGAUUCACCAAAGCCUUGCAGAACUAGAAAAAAAAUGCUGAGUCCACUUCAUGGAGAAUAAAGGUUUCUGGAGAACCUCUCCACCAUUUUCUUUCUGAAGGUCCAUGUUUAGGUAGCCAACUGAAUAUUAAAAGCAUGUAUAUGUUGAAGCUUCACUUUCUCCAACUUAAAACGAAACAAGAAGGAUGAUAUUUAAGAACUCUUGGAGCCCAUUAGUUUAUCAGCAUAUUGCAACGAAAACCAUUUGCUAGAUUGGCAACUUUUCGACUCUCCCCUACAUGCUUACCCGAACCGAAGAGAGUCAAUAUUUAAAGUUUGCAAUCUUGUUUCCAAGACUAUUCUUGAAUCCACUUUAUGUACUUGUGUCCAUUUUUCUUUUUAACCUCUGAACAUUUGACUUGAAAACCUUCUCCUGUACGAUUAUGGGCUCCAAGCAAGGAAUUGCACAGAUUCUCAUUCGUGGUAACGAUGUACUGUUUUCUAUUAAACCGUAUUGGUGACUUGGAGGCUGGGCUCCUCCGCUGCCAUUUCUUUGCAGAGACAAAGGCGGAUCUGACCCCACCAUGGCGGAGAAGUGCAAUUACAUCGCGAGCGUGUACGGCUAUGACCUGGGCUGCCGUUUCAUCAACUUCAGGCCCCUGGGCUUUGGAGUGAACGGGCUUGUCCUCUCAGCAGUCGACAGCAAGAGCUGCCGCAAGGUGGCCGUGAAGAAGAUCGCGGUGAGCGAUGCUCAGAGCAUGAAGCACGCCUUCCGGGAGAUCAAGAUAAUCCGCCGGCUGGACCACGACAACAUCGUAAAGGUCUACGAGGUGUUGGGGCCCAAAGGAGCUGAUCUCCAAGGGGAUCUGUUCAAAUUUAACAUGGUGUACGUCAUCCAGGAAUACAUGGAGACGGACCUGGCCCGUCUUCUGGAGCAAGGACCUCUCUCUGAGGAACAUGCCAAACUCUUCAUGUACCAGUUGCUCAGAGGCCUGAAGUACAUCCAUUCAGCUAAUGUCUUGCAUAGGGACUUGAAGCCCGCCAACAUCUUCAUCAACACAGAGGAUCUGGUGCUGAAGAUCGGUGACUUUGGAUUAGCUAGGGUUGUGGACCAACAUUACUCACACAAGGGUUACCUCUCGGAAGGGCUGGUGACAAAAUGGUAUCGAUCUCCUCGCCUGCUGCUUUCACCAAACAACUACACCAAAGCAAUUGACAUGUGGGCAGCUGGUUGCAUUCUAGCAGAGAUGCUGACAGGAAAGAUGCUUUUUGCUGGUAGGUCUUCAGUUCUUGCUGGAAGCCACGAGCUGGAGCAGAUGCAGCUCAUUUUGGAGACCAUCCCUGUUUUCCACGAAGAGGACAAGGAGGAACUGCUCAAAGUGAUGCCGACGUUCGUCAACAGCACCUGGGAAGUGAAGAAGCCGUUGCGGAAGCUCCUUCCUGAAGUGAACAGCAAAGCCAUCGAUUUUCUGGAGAAGAUUCUGACAUUCAAUCCCAUGGACCGGCUGACCGCAGAGAUGGGUUUGCAACACCCUUAUAUGAGUCCCUAUUACUGUCCUGAAGACGAGCCUGUUUCUCAGCACCCAUUCCGGAUUGAAGACGAGAUUGAUGACAUUUUGCUGAUGGAAGCGAACCAAAGCCAGAUGUCCAACUGGGACAGGUACCAAGUCAGCUUAUCCUCAGAUUUGGAAUGGAGGCAAGAGAAGUGCCACGAUUUGGAGGAGGUGCAACGAGAUCCCAGAGCGGGGUCAGAAUCCAUUGCUGAGGAGGCUCAGGUGGACCCGCGCAAAUAUUCCCAGAGCAGCUCCGAGAGAUUCCUGGAGCAGUCACAUUCCUCGAUGGACCGAGCGUUUGAGGGAGAUUACGGGCGGUCGUGUGAUUACAAAGUGGGGUCGCCUUCCUAUUUGGACAAGCUCUUGUGGAGGGACAACAAGCUCCAUCAUUAUUCAGAGCCCAAGCUCAUCUUAGACUUGUCCCACUGGAAAAGGGCAUCUAUUGCACCUACGGCGGAGAUCGCCUUGGAGGAGGAACCAUCCAACCUAUUCCUAGAGAUAGCCCAGUGGGUUACAAGUACCCAGACAGGACUUGAAUGCCCAAAUCCUCUCCCAGAGAUCCAGGAGAGGAGCUUACCAUCUUCUCCUCACCAUCUCCACAAAGAAGCUAAGGAGGUCGGCAGCGAAAGCGACCCCCAGUUUGACUUGGACGUCUUCAUUUCCAGGGCAUUAAAACUUUGCACAAAGCCAGAAGAUCUGCCUGACAACAAGCUCAAAGACAUCAACGGCGCAUGCCUAGCAGAGCACCCUAGUGAGAUUGUACAGACGGAGGUGUACCAUAAAGAGAGGUGGUAAAAUAAUAAUAAUAAUAAUUAAACGUUGCUGCUGGUA